UUGUCUAAUAACAGAGUGCAGCGAAAGUGAGAGGGUGAUAGUCACCGAGAGCUACAAGAGCUCAACAACCUGAUAGGGGGGAAGCAGGGGAGCGAGAGAGGAGCGAGGGAUGGGGUUAAAGUGAAGGAACAGAGGGGAAAAGAGGAAGAGGAGCUCAGCCUGGCAUGACUGCAAACUAGAACCACAGCUGAGAGGGGGAGGAGAGCGAGAAAGACACCUUCCUAAAAAUGGCCAGCCUCCCCAAAGAGCCGCCCGAGGAUGCCAAGAAGCAGAGCUUCUGGAUGCCCAGGAACUAUGUGCGAACGGUGCGCAGAACCGAUCAGUCCUUCCAGGCGUGCAACGACAUCGUGGCCUGCUUCAGGGAGCGAGCGAAGGUGGAGGAGCAGUACGCCAAGCAGCUCAGCCAGUGGAGCAGCAAGUGGAAGUCCAAGGUGGAUUCUCGGCCGCUGUACGGCUCCCUCAUGAGGGCGUGGCAGUGCUUCUUCACCUCCACCGAGCGCCUGUCCGAGCUCCACCUGUCCGUCUCUCAGUCGCUCGUCGGCGAGGAGGGCAGCCGGGUCAAGACCUGGCAGAAGGAGACGUUUCCCAAGAGGCUCCUCUGUGGCUUCAAGGAGAGCCACGACAACAGCACAAGUUUUUCACGUGCGCAGAAACCUUGGUCCAAAAAGCUGAAGAAGUUGGAGAAAGUCCGAGCUGAUUACCACAAGUCCUGUCAGAGGGAGCAGGCGGCGGUGGACAAAGAGAAGCAGGCCAACGAAAACUCUGAGAUGAGCGACGAGAAGAAGCAGAAGUUCGGCGAGGCCAGAGAGAAGGCCUCGGAGGAGAAGGAGAAGCAUAGAGACCGAUACGAGAAGAUGCUGGAGGACGUGUCGUCCUACACGCCUCGCUACAUGGAGGAGAUGGAAGCCAUCUUUGAAAACGCCCAGGAGGAGGAGAGGAAGAGGAUCAGCUUCCUGAAGCAGACCUUCCUCUCCAUCCACAGACAUUUGGACAUCACCAAUAAUGAAAGCGUGAAGGCCGUCUACAGCGAGCUCCACCAAACCCUGAUGGCCAUCAAUGAACAAGACGAUCUGAAGUGGUGGAAGAACAAUCACGGGCCCGGCAUGCCCACCGACUGGCCCAAGAUUGAGGAAUGGGUCCCACCUGUAAAGAAACUGAAUAGAAAGAAGAGAGAGCAGAAGAAUCUGGGAAACAGACCAGUCAUGAUCGGCGGCGUGAAGGUGCGAGCGCUGUACGACUACGUGGGAGAGGAGGGGGACGAGCUGUCCUUCAAAGCAGGUGAAGUGUUCCUGAAGGUGGAGGAGGAGGACGACCAAGGCUGGUGUCGGGGCGUGCUGAGCGGAGGGAAGGAGGGUUUCUAUCCUGCCAAUUAUGUUGAAGUUGUCGAGUGACGUCAAACCGUACGAAGCGUCACGUCCUGAACUUAUUUCCCGCAGCUGGUUUUUAAACUCCUCCGAGAAUAACAAGUAUUAUCAGUUAGUGUCUGAGAUGUUGUCACACUGAGUCUGAGUUGAUGUUUGAUCAAAUCUGUACGCCGCCUUUUUUAAAUGUACAAUUUCUGAGGCCUUAAUAUUCUAACCUGUGAGGUUUGAGUACAUCUGCAAUUAACUUAUGAAAGAUUAGAGUGCAGCGUUUGUACUGAAUGUGAAUGUGUGUUUGUGUGUUUGCAUGCAUUGUGCACGUUAUUGCAGAAGAGAAGAUAUUUAUUUACUGCCGUCCUGUCUGAGUCAUGAAGCCACUGCGAUGAGGACGGAUUGAAUUUACCCCGGCAACGGUUUACAAUGCUGUGCGCACGUCAGGUUAAUGUUUACUCCUUCAUUGAUAUGUGGAAGCACACAAAAGCUACUUUGAUUGAGGUAAAGGAUUUUCAAAAUAAAGCUAUAUCUGUGUUGGCUCCAGCUCUUCCUUUAUUU